UCUUCUCCACACGCUAGCCCCCUGGGCUGAGCUGCCGUGGGCGGGUGUCAGUUCUUUCCGCGACAGGGAAGUGGUUAGUACUCACGUGAGGAGCUCGAGUGGUGUUUUCGCGGGUUUCUGGCCUUUCCAGACCCUUGUUGUUUUCUGGGUGCGGAGCUCUUCUAGGUUCCGGGGGUUUGUGUCGUCCCGCGCACGUCACUGUGAAGCUGUGUGUAAGGGUCCCGUUGCCUAGCUACGGCGCCCCUCCCUCCUGGAGGCCGAGUAGCGGACUGGCAGGUGUGCUGCGCUGGGUACCUGCGUACCGCCAAAGAGCCAGAAGCUUAAGUGAAAAUGGUACAUGUUAGAAGACGUGAAACAAGGAAAAAUUCUAGAACUCAAGAGCGUGAGCAGAAAUCUCGAGUUGAUUGGAGGCGGACUAAAAGAAAUAGUCUCUCACGAUUAUUUGAUAGUGAUGAAGAGCUGGAUAGUGAUGAAGAGCUGGAUAGUGAUGAAGAGCUGGAUAGUGAUGAAGAGCUGGAUAGUGAUGAAAGUGUUGACAAUGAUGAAAGUGUUGACAAUGAUGAACAGCUUGAUAGUAACAAGGGGCUAGAUAGUAAUAAAAAGCCAGAAAAUGAAAGAGAGCUUAAAUUAAUUAAAGUUGAAAGUGAAGGAAACAACUGUGAGCAUCUCAAUGCUGGCAGCAGUUCAGCAUAUGAAGAAGAAAAGAACAAAACCAAACCUGAAAGUAUUAACUUACCAGAUCAUGAAAAGUAUUCAAAUCAAGAGGAUGAUGAUCUCAACAAACACACUGGGCAGAUAAUGGAGGAGGAUUUAGAAGAAGAACACAUCAAGCGAGGGAAGAGAAAAAGGAACUCCUCUGUGAUGUAUGACAGUGAUGAGAGUGAUGACAGUGAUAUCCUAGUUACAAAAGUAAGUGUUAAACGUCCACGGAGAGUGGUUGAAGAUGAAUGUUCUUCAGUGGAGAUGGAGCAAAAAGAACCUGAGAAAACUUCAGCUGCAAGAAAGCGAGAACAACUCCAGAAACUGAAAGAACUCUCAAAACAAAGAUCUCGUCAGAGACGCAAUAGUAGUAGAGAUUUUGAGGACUCUGAAAAGGAAUCCUGCCCAAGCAGUGAUGAAAAUCAGGAGGAGGAGGAGGAUUAUGAAUCUGAUGAAGAGGGAGAUGAUUAUAUUAUUGAUGACUUUGUAGUGCAAGAUGAGGAGGGCGAUGAAGAGAAUAAAAGCCAGCAAGGAGAAAAAUUGACUACAUCACAACUGAAAUUAGUAAAACAGAAUUCUCUUUAUUCUUUUAGUGACCACUAUACUCACUUUGAAAGAGUUGUGAAGGCUCUUCUGAUCAAUGCUUUAGAUGAAUCUUUUCUGGCCACAUUGUAUGAUGGCACCAGGCAAAAAUCAUAUGCACAAGAUAUGCUGACAUCUCUUCAUUAUUUGGAUAACCGCUUUGUUCAGCCUCGUCUAGAGAGUUUAGCUUCUAGAAGUCGUUGGAAAGAACAGUAUAAGGAGCGAGUAGAAAGUUAUUCUAAUGUAAGUAUCCAUUCGAAGAAUCCUGAAAACUGUUCCUGCCAGGCUUGUGGAUUGCAUCGCUACUGUAAAUUCUCAGUGCAUUUAUCAGGAAAGUUGUAUAACACCAGGACUAUGGAAACAGAUGAUUUCAUGUCACAUGAUAAACAGGUGUUUACUGUUGGCAGAAUUUGUGCUAAUCGUACCAGAAUUUAUCAUCAACUGAAACAUUUCAAAUUCAAGCUGUACCAGGAAUGUUGCUCCAUUGCAAAGACAGAAGAAGUUGAGGAAGAACAGGUUAAAGAAACAGUGGAAAGAAUUUUCAAUCAGUCAAAAGCAAGUGGCUGGAUUAAGGAGAAAUAUGGGAAACUUCAAGAAUAUCUCAAUUCUGCGGAUUACUUUCAAGAUGAGAAGUUUGACUAAAUUGUAACACAUUUCCUUCAGAGAAGAUUUUAUAAAUUCCUGUAAAUGUGAAGAUCAUGAGUCUUGUUUCUCUGUAUCAUGUGACAUAUUUAUAUAUUUUAUGUAUAUCUUCAUGGCAAAACAUCUUGCUUAAAAUAUAUGUUCAUCUUAAUUUCCAUGAAGUGGAAAUUCCAUUCUACAGUCUAAUAAAACUUCUAUCUGCUACAUAGAAAUAAGCUUAAUAAUUUUUGAGUAAGUGAUUUUAAAAUUAUAUAACAAUGCCUUUAUAAUGGAUGACUAUCGAAUGAAUGAGCUGUUCAUGUCCUAUCAAUUUAGUAGAAAAAUACUAUAUUUUAAAAAUGUGUUUAGACUAACAUCCACUUUUUUGCUGAAUCUCUGCCCAGAUCUACUUAUUAUCCUUUUGCAGUAUUAAAUCAGCUUCACUAAUAUAGUUUUUACUACUGUCAUUAUCUAGAUCAGUGGGCCAUGGAAGAAACUUCAGUGUUCAUUCAGUUCAGUGCCCUUGCCUUAGAAUCAGACUGUAGUUACCCAUGCCACAUAGAGGAGUGCUUUUUUCCUUCACUAAAGUUUCCCUUAGAAAUAGAUUUCAGGCCUCCAGAGUUUUUCAGUCCUCACAUUCAGGAAUAAUUUCAUGCUAUGUAUUUUCAUGCUUCAUAAUAUUCUUUUUCUAUUCAAUUUUGUCUACAUGUUAAUGAUUAAGAUGUAUUUUAUUUAUUUUUAUCCAUAAUUUUUCCCAUAUAUGUAUUUACGUUAGAAGGUCAGAAGAUCUUAAAUUCAGCCAAAAAUAGCUUAA